UGAGCACCAGGAGUGGUUGCUGCCCCUUCCUACUGCUGCAGAGCAGGGCUGGCUACUCCAGAGCCUGUGGGCAGAGGCUUUGUUCUUCAUCCUACCCUUGGGCAGCACCAAGAAGGGCUCUACAAUUGGACCUGAAGGAAGGUCUCUGAGAAAAAGCAGAGGGUGUGUGUGUGUGUGACAUGGGAGGAUCUGUGGGACAUGGCUUUGAUUUUGCUCACAGAAAUCUCCACUAACUUGUCACUCUCUUCUUCUUCUAUGCGGACAGUGCCCCACACUCAGAAAGGGCAGAUGUCCAACAGCAGCUCUAUCACCCAGUUCCUCCUCCUGCCAUUUGCAAACACUCGGCAGCUGCAGCUCCUGCACUUCUGGCUCUUCCUGGCCAUCUACCUGGCUGCCUUCCUGGGCAACAGCCUCAUCAUCACCACCAUAGCCUGGAACCACCACCUGCACACCCCCAUGUACUUCUUCCUCCUCAACCUCUCCCUCCUUGACCUGGGGGCCAUCUCCACUACUGUUCCAAAAUCCAUGGCCAAUUCCCUGCGGGACACCAGGGACAUCUCCUACACAGGAUGUGCUGCUCAGGUCUUCUUUUUGUUAUUCUUGAUUGAUGCAGAGUUUGCCCUUCUCACUGUGAUGUCCUAUGACCGCUACGUUGCCAUCUGCAGACCCCUGCACUAUGGGAUCCUCCUAGGCAGCAGAGCUUGUGCCCACAUGGCAGCAGCUGCCUGGGCCAGUGGCUUUCUCCAUGCUCUGCUGCACACAGCCAAUACAUUUUCACUGCCCCUCUGCCAGGGCAAUGCCGUGGACCAGUUCUUCUGUGAAAUUCCCCCAAUCCUCAAGCUCUCCUGUUCCAGCUCCUACCUAAGGGAAGUUUGGCUCAUUGUGGUCAGUGUCUUUUUAGCAUUUGGGUGUUUUGUGUUCAUUGUGGUGUCCUAUGUGCAGAUCUUCAGGACAGUGCUGAGGAUCCCCUCUCAGCAGGGACGCCACAAAGCUUUUGCCACCUGCCUCCCUCACCUGGCUGUGGUCUCCCUUUUUGUCAGCACUUGCACAUUUGCUUAUCUAAAGCCCUCUUCUUUCUUCUCGCCUUCCUUGAACCUGGUGGUGGCAGUUCUGUACUCAGUGGUACCUCCAGGAAUGAACCCUCUCAUCUAUAGCCUGAGGAACCAGGAGCUCAAGGAUGCCCUGAGUAAACUGAUCACUGGAUGGUUUCAGAAGCAAUAAACUGUCUUCUCCUGCAGAGCAGUUCUGAUGUCACUCAGCGUGGGCUCAGCCUGGCUGAUCUGGUUGUGGCUGCUGCUGGUGGGGUUACCCAUGUGAGAAUGUUCUCACAGAAAUGCCUUUCUUCAGACCCUUUCUGGUUCAGUCUUGACCUGUCUGGUGUGACCCAGAGACUGCAGACAGGAGGAGCUCUGCUCUCUCUGCGUUCAGCACAAGAAAGUACCCUGCAGGGACUUGUUUCUCUGAGCUAUUUCCUCCAAGCCUUCUCUGGAGCUGCAGGGCACUGUCUGCGUGCAGAAGUGGAGGGAAAAAACGAGUCCCAGAGCAGCACUAGUGCCAGGGAGCCACAGCACUUUGGCUGUCUUGAGCUUCUCUGUCUUCCUUUCCACACUCUCCUGCUGAGCCUCUGUGUUGGGGCAAGGCCUGAGUGCUCUGGCAGCUCGGACGCUGUCCUGCUGUAUGGCAGUGCUGAGACUGCAGGAAGGGACAGGCUGAAGUUGCUGCUAGGACAGAACUGGCCUCCAGAGCACCACGGCCAUCGGACCAGGGCAUGUCCUUCUGAACUGCACCAUGGAUGUCAUCCAGCUCUGGACUCACUCUUCUCCAUUCUCCAGCAGUUGUUGUGCCCUACAGAGGGGCUGGAGCUGUGUUUUUUACUGCCUGGAGCACCCUGCAAUGGUGCCAGGCCACACCAGGCUGUGCUGGGGAGAGGACACUGGUGCUGGAGAGAAGGCAAGGGAGGUAGGAGAGCUUAAAGGGAGCUGGACAGGACUGCAAAGUUCCUAGGAGAGAAAAAUGUCACUGUCUGGCUUGCAGUGAGAGAUUACGCAGGGAUUGGGAGCACAGGUGGUGUUCUGCUCAGUUCCCUCUGUGGCAAGGGAGUUCACAGAGAGGAACAACAGAACCCAUGCCAUCAACAACUGGCUCAAGGGAUGGUGCCAGCGGCGGCACUUUGGGCUCUUUGACCACGGGGGAACUUUUACUGAGCCAGACCUGCUCGAUCCUGAUGGGGUGCAGUUGUCUAGGAGGGGCAGGAGAGUCCUGGCACUGGAGUUGGUAGAGCUAAUUAGGUAGGCUUUAAACUAGAUCUGAAGGGGGUGGGUGAGGCAAUUACUCUCUCUGAGAAGGAGAGAGUGGGAUGGAAACUAGAGUCAAUUGAGGAAUCGAGAGCCUAGCUGAAGUGCAUCUAUACCAAAGCACGCAGCUUAGGUAACAAGCAGGAGGAACUGGAAGUCCUGGUCCACCAGGGUGACUACGAUAUAGUUGCCAUUUCAGACACUUGGUGGGAUGACAGGCAUGGUUGGAGUGCUAUACUGGGGGUAUACAGCCUCUGCAGGAGAGAUAGGCAAGGGAGAAGAGGAGGAGGGGUGGCUCUGUAUAUUAGGGAGUCACUCCUUGCCACUGAGCUUGAGGUGAGGGAUGAAAGGAUUGAGAGCUUGUGGGUUAAAAUCAGAGGGAGGACUAACAAAUCUGACAUCCUGGUUGAAGUCUGUUAUACACCACCCAACCAGGAUGAGGAAGCAGAUGAGGUAUUCUACAAACAGUUGGAGGCUGUCUCAGGAUCAUCAGAUCUUGUUCUUGUGGGUGACUUUAACCUGCCAGAUAUCUGAUGGGAACUUAAUUCAGCAGAGAGGAGGCAGUCCAGGAGAGUUCUAGAGCACAUGGAGGACAGCUUCAUGACCCAGCUGUUAAG